UAGCCUACAGUUGGUAACCUUCAGUCGGUUUUUCUUCUAGUCUACGAGGACUUGACGAGUCUUUUAAACCGCCAGUAGUCUAGAUCUCGAUUCUGUUUUUUUUUUUCCUUUUAAUUUCACAUUUUCCCUUCAGAUCAACCUUUUGUUGCUACUGUGUUUGUCAUUUCUUACAAUCGGAGGAUGAUCGUAACAUCGCUUUGUUUAGUGUGCAGUGUGUGUGUUCGUGUGUUUCCCGCGGAUUACUUUGCUGCUAAGUGAAGCGUGUGGUGUGUGUUUUUGUGUCGCUCGCGUGUAGCCGCCUGUACUGCGCCUCUACCGCGGUGUUGGGUUAUCUGAUAACGCACUUCUUGUUUUACACCGGUGACCUGGUAAAUAUUCGCCUAGAUCUGUAACAUAAAUAGUCUCUCUUAUAUAGCUUUAGUAAUCGUUCUAGCUUUGGUAUUUAAUUUUCCCGUUUUAUUAGCUACAUGUAAAUAAAUUUAAAAAACAACAACACAUAGAUCUAGAUCUAGUUUGUAGCGUUAGGACUACACACAACAAGACACAAACCGUGAGAGAAAAACAGUUGCUAAAAUUGGACCACGGCGCAUGACUAACUUGUAAGGAGCGAUUUCAUUGGCUCGACUGCUUUUGAUGCUCGCAAGUAAUUGGGUGUUAUAAGAUUGCUUUAGCAUAGAAUUCAUGGCGGAUUCAAAACGUGUGUUAAGGGCUGUCAGGAUCCUGUGUAGAAAUUAAUUUUUUCUCGUGUGUGUUGUGGGACUUAUGACUAUGCCGCACAUGAGUUCGGGUGGAUCUGAGGAUUUCUAUUCGACGGACGAGGUGAAAGUUUAUAAGGAUGAAGGAAAUAAAGACGAGGAAAAACGUUCGUCGGAAAAUUUAACCGAGGAAAAGUUGGGGCUCGUCACUGAAUCGGAAGAGGGCAAGAACACAUCGCUUCAAGCGAAUUUUACAGGCUCUGAUAAGUCAAGCAACACAGUUUCAGACGACGAAAAGUCAACGUCUGGGCCAGCAGCACCUGGUCACGGCCCCCCAGGGUCUCUCGGUUUCUUCAUCCCUCCAUAUGCCUCGGCCUACCCAAAUGGGGCCGCCAAGUUCGGUAUGGUGCAACCCCCCUACCCAGGACUUGUCAUGUACAAUGAUUUUGCUCAACCCCCUCCUGCACAUAAAGGUUACUCACCGGUGUACACAGACCCCAAAACAGGUUUACCGCGGCCUCCCAUGUAUGCAGCCUACCCCGCCCCACCCGGUCAAUUUUCACACCCGCUUUACUCUCCGGAGUUUACAGGUGCUUCCCCGUGGCACAGACCAGGCUAUCCUCUCACCUCUGGUGCCUUCGCGGGUUCAUUCCCGCCCUCAUUGUCGUCCUUGUCGAGAUAUGGGCCACCGAGCCUGCUGACCCACCCAGGUCUCGGCCAUCCAGGCAUUCCACAUCCAGCGUCGUUAGGGGCGGUACCAAAAUCCGAACUGAUGUCCCCACAGCUCUUACAAGACAGCCACAGGCAGCUAAACUCCUCUUCUCAUGGGGACGAGAACUCUGGUUGUAAGUCCUCGCAUCAUGGCGGCGGGUCCGGCGAGGAGACCAGAAAAAAACCUUACGUAAAGAAACCAUUAAACGCCUUUAUGUUAUUUAUGAAAGAAAUGAGGCCCAAAGUAAUCUCUGAGUGUACACUGAAGGAGUCGGCUGCCAUUAACCAGAUUCUAGGCCGGAGGUGGCAUGCACUGGACAGGUCAGAACAGGCCAAGUACUAUGAAAUGGCCAGGAAGGAGAAGGAACUACACCUGCAGCUCUAUCCAGGCUGGAGUGCCAGAGAUAACUACGCAGCACACCAGAAAAAGAAGAAACGGAAAAAGGAUGGCUCUGGUGGAGGCAGCAGUGGGGGCGGUUCCAUGGGCUCCAGCAGUCUAAGCCCAAUGGGUGGGUCCAGUAGCAUGAGUUCCGGUGGUCAUCUCGGUGGCAUGUGUAUGGAGUCUGACAGCAAAUCAGGCUUUUCAGGGGAGUGUCCAAAUGAGAAGAAAUGUCGUGCGCGAUAUGGAAUGGAUCAACAGUCGAGAUGGUGUAAGCCUUGCAGGUCAUUACAUGAAAAAUCCGAUCAGGCUCUGGUUGAGACAGACCAGAAAAAUUUCCUCCUUGUCAAGGUACCAACCGCGAGCCUAACGCAUGGAACACUACGAAAGAAGAAGUGCAUACGUUAUAAGCUGGGGGAAGGUGACGAAGCUGGAGAGGAUGAAGAGGAUAAUGAGGACUCCGGGGCCAGAAACAGAACUGCAGACUCCUCCUUCCUUUCUGGAUGUGAGUCAGAUUCAAGUAACAUGAUUGAUAGCCCCAGGUCACUCAAGUGCAGCAGUGAUGCCAACCAAGAGACUAACAUGAGGGGUGUGUCGUCUCCCCUGUCCCCCAUCGUGGAUGAGGAGGUUGAGAUGAGAUCUGAUGAACAAUCUCCGAUGCAGCCAGUAAAUCUUUCGUCACCAGCAUCUGUUACCUCGCAGCUGCCAACUACACCUCCGGGUUUGCCUCCGCCCCGGCGUCUAACCCCUCACACAGUGGACUCGUUUUUAUUUCCCACCCUGCCUCUCCGCUUACCUUACCCCCUGCCCCCAUCUCCACUGGCCCUGCCGUACUUGAGCUAUCCUCCGCCCAUGCACCAGUAUCCUCAGCCCCCAAGUACUUCUAGACUAGCGGAUGGAUCACCCUUCUCGCUUGACAUCAAGCCUUUCUGAGCCUGGUCAUCAUGUGUAAGCAAGGGGAUUGUGUGUCUGAAGUGUAGGAAUGACACAGAGACUCCAUGAACUGCAAUCUUUAUUUUUUUGUUUGUUGUUGUUGUUUUUUGAUGACACCAAGUCCAGCCCAUUUGUAAUGUAUAUAACAUUUUAUAUAUAUAUAUAUAUAAAGUAUUCACUAUGAACUUGAAUUGACAGUCUAUUUGGAGAAAAUUGUUGGAAUGCAUUGAGUGAAUCGAGUGAGUCAAAGAAUCUAAUUAUCAUUGUGUGCAGAAAGUUGUUUAUUGUUUUAUUUUUUUCCCCCCUGAAUGUAAUAAUCAAAUAUUUGAAUGAACUGUCCAGUGUAUGGAACUACUUGACAGCUAGAGCAUAAGUUUUCUCUUUGUGGAUGAAAGUGGAGAGUUACAAACCUUUUUUUUUUUGUCAUUGAUUUUUUUUUCUGUCUAGUGUUAAAAAAAACAACAACUUUCACCAUAUUUUGUUCUCAUAAUUUGGAAACCAAAAAAAAAAAAAGUUUACAACUGGCUUUAACCCACAUACCUGAGAAAUUAAUAGAAUAAAUAUAUCUAAAUGUAUCUGAAUUAGCUAACAAACUGUCCUAAGCACAAAUGUGGAUUAUUUCUUCUUAUACAAAUGAAGCAUUUACUUUUUUUUUUAUUUCAUAAGAAACUUUUUAACUUCUUAUUCUUGUGUUUUAUUAUGUGGCAUAUGGGGGAAUUCCUUCCUAGCAUUUGAUUACAAAAUGUGGAAAUGCCUAGGAUCUAGAUCUUCUUGGAAAUGUCCUAGUUCUUAUUUGAGAAUUAAUUGAGACUUUGUGAUCAGAGUUGUCUUUCUUUUGGAAGCCCAGUGAACUGUGUAGAGCCCUUUACUGAGUUAGUGGACGAAUCACAGACUUUGUGGAUGCUUUUUGCUGUUAGUUUAAUUUCAAACCAAGAGUUAUAAUUUAUUGUGUGUGACUUGAUCAAAUAUUCUUUUAAAAGUCUUAAAAUAUUUUGUAUGUUUUAGCAAAGAAUGAAUUUUCAUAUUGAAAUUUCAAAAAAAAAAAAAAAAAUGUAAAAAAAAAAAUGAAACCUUGUGACCACUGAACAAAGGAAAAGAUUGUUACUUGGCAAGCUGUUUAAUCUGACGCUUUAUUAUAUAGCUAAGUGCAAUGUUUUAGAUGUCAAUUCUCCAUUCUUAUGAAUAAUCUCAUUUGUCUUAGCGUGUCCAAUGUUCUUGCAUUCUUUGAUUAUUAUUUCAUAGACUCAUUCUUACUUUCAAGCUGUCUAAAUACUUAAGUAGGUUUUUGGUGAGCAUGUUUUUAAAUGGAGGCAGUAUCUUUGAAUUUCUCCUUCAUUAUUGUCCAUCUCCAUGGUUCAUGCUUUGACUGAGUACCGUACAACUAACUUUAUUCAGAGUCAUUUUUUUCCUUGUCCUUAGAACUAUUAUUGCUUAGAAUGCAUGCUACUGAGGGUAAGAAGAAGAUAUUAGUUUAUGUGUCAUAGGGUUAACAGUUUAGAAGAUUUACAGUAAUUCUUUUUUUGUUUAUUAAUGGUAUCACAUGACAAAUAUUUUUAUUGAUAAUCAAAAUCUCAUUUGAUUUGUUUAUGUUACAUUAUUAAGGCACUUGGUGGUAGACCCUUUGUUCACAUCCUAGUGUGGCUUAGUCAUAUUAAUGAAAUGUUGAAGAGACUCCAUGCCUUCUCCUUUCAUGGGUAGAUUGUGCUUUGAUUGAGAAAGAGACAUGGUUAUUUUGUGGGUUAUUUUGUUGUUGUUUUUUCUCUUCUAAACUGUUGCUUUAAGGACCAUACAUAUUAUUUACCCCUUUAAAAAAGUUCUUAUAAAUAGAAAUAGUGAUUUGCCCAUUCAGUCAAGCAAACAAAUAAGUAAUGAAAUGAUGAACUCUUUAAGGUAGUGCCUAGAUUUUGACAGCAACUUGCACAAGUUUUUAAAAUAAAAUAUUCAUGACCCUGUUGUGAAUGAAUGAAGAGUUACAUCACCCUGUCCUAGACAGUCACUUGCUGGUUUGGGACUCACUUGAUAUCUACAGCUGUCAGUUUGUGUUUCCCAGUUCCUUGCUGUUUUAAAUCAGAACAUGAGCACAUCCUGUAUAUAAUGAAUGUGUGCCAUGCAUGGUCUGUGUACUUUGAUGCUGACAAAUUUUUAUAUCAAGAAUUUAUAAUAUAUAUAUAUAUAUAUAAACAUUCAAAAAUAAAUAUAUAAUGUAUAUAUAAAUACCAAUGUAUAGAGAGAGAAAGGUCUGGGGAGAAUGUGUAGGUUGAGUGAUGGUAAGUUGUAUCAUAGGCGGAGAUGUUUUGGAUGUGUGGUAUGAUUUGUCAUGUGGUAGAACCGUUUGAAUCACUGGCAAAGAUGUUUUAGAUGUGAGGUGUUACAUGUUCAUGUGGUAGAACCAUUUGAAUCAUUCAAUGACACUUUUGUUUUAUUUUCCUUUGUGUGAAUCUUGCAGGAGCUUUAAGCGUUUCAAGUUGCCAUAUUUCUAUUUGCAGAUGAUACCCUCAGUAUAUGCAUUUAUAUAACGUGUACAACAUAUCUUUUUUUUUUUUAUUUGGUGUUUUGUUCAGCCAUGUCUUGUCAUACUUAACUCUUUUUUUUUUUUUUUGAUGAUUUUUUUUUACUUUUUAAAAUCUGUUUGCCGAAAGCAGACAUUAAAUUAGUGUACACUAUUACAAUUUGUCAAUGCCAUAUCACAAGUCACACGUCAUUUCUGAGAAGUCUUUUGAGCACAUUAUUGAACUAUAACUUAAGGCAAUUCUUUAAUCGGCCAAAGGCCUAUGACUAACUUAUUAACUAAAGUUGUUUCUAAAUGUACUUUAUUAUUAUCUAGAUAUUCAUAGGUGUUUUAUCAUUUAUAACAAAAAAACUUAUGUUAGAAAAUUUAGGUGAUUUUCAUAUGACCGUGAUAAAUUUGUUUAUAUAUAUAUAUUGAGAGAGAGAGAGGUUUAUAACCAUUCAAAAAUUUUGUAUUUUGUUUAUUUUUAAAACUGCAUUUACUGUAAUGACCUGGAGAGCAUUCAGCUGUGAAAUAUAUUUUUUUUUUGUGUGUAGAUCUGCAACAACUGAUUUUAUGUUUAAAGUAAGAAUCUAAUAAAUAAUUGAAAUUAACAGAAGCGGGUAUUUUCUUACUGUUAAUUUGUUCUCCUUAUUUCGGAUCAUGGCUUCACUCCAUGAUUUCAUGUGUGGACUACUUGUGUGUGUGUUUUGUCUCAAUCUCAUGUUCAUCCAAUGUGUUUAGUGUUUGUGUUAUUUCAAAUAUAAUGUUUAUAUCAGCAUAAGAAAUAAAUACCAAGAAGAAAAUCCAA